UUUCUCUCUCAUUCAUUUCAUUUCGCCCAAUUCUCUUCUAUGAAUUCUCUCUCUCUUAAUUGGUUCAUCUUCUCUGUCGGAAUGUGAUUAUGUCUUCGUCUUCUCUGAAGAUGAUCUACAAAAUGGGAUAUUCUCUUUGAAUUUUUUUCAUUUUUGAAGAGUUCACUGCUUUCUUCCGUGUUCUCCGGUCAAAAGAAGCUUCUCCUCCGCAUUUGUUUACAUUCUUCAUGACAAAACACACGAGCAUGCAUGCCAACUUGUUGCUUUGUCCGUGUUCGAUUUCCCCUUUACAGCUUUUUGGUUUCAGCUAAUUCAAGACAAUGUCGGAAGAUAGUCAUGGAAAUACCAAGUCUAGGCCAAUGUUAAAUGGACCUGACGAUGAUUUACAUGUUUUUGAUGAACUUCCUAGCAUGUUUUCUGAGAACCCUCCCCAGGUUGAGGGAGAUCCAUGGUUUUUUCAUUCCUCUGAAGAUUUAGUGGGGGUUGAUCAUUUCUUAUCUGAACCUAGAUGCAACAAUUUAGGUGUCGAUGUUCUCAGUUUCAGCUCAAUUGUUCAUCAGAAGUGCUACAAUAUCCAAGAACUUUCAGUUGUUGAUUAUGGUUCUGUGAAAGUUGAAGAUGGCGUGCCAGGUUCAAACAUACAAGAGCAUAGGGAAGAAGUAUGUUUAUCUUCAAGCACUCUGGCUGAUGGAAUCUCCAAAGCAACUGAUACUAUGGCGUGUGAAGAGAGACAAAUUGCCCGUGAUACAUGUGAAGAUUAUCUACUUGAUAACGAGUUUGGUGAUGAGGCCUUCAAAGCAAGUCCUACUAGAGGGUCUGAUGAGGAAAACAUAACCUUCAAAAGCACAACCCAUGUUUCUGGUCAAUUAAGCUACGGUGCUCAAAUAUCUGAACUCUCCAUGGAAAAUGCCCCUUUACUGGAGGCUACAAGUGAUGAGAGUUAUUCAUUGUUUGAUGAAAUGUCUAUUCAUGAGUUACACACGGCAUUCUCUAAUAUAUUUGGACGUGAAACGACUGUUACAGACAAGCAAUGGCUGAAGUGCCGUCUCUCAUUCGGAUUGCAUAAUAAUUUUGAGACCAGCACUGAUUUGAGCAACAUAAAAUGUCCUUUGAAUUCCGAUGAAUGCAAUGUCGUACAAAUCUCGCCUACAACUGGUGCCUAUUCUGGGAGAGACCCAAAACCCUUAAAUGACCUUAUUAGUUUCAAUAUAAAACCAAGGAUAAGAAGUUUGACAUGGGAAACAUGUGGCGAUAAUGAUUCAACAGUACACAUGUCUUCUGAACCAGAUCAGAUUGAUACAUUUUUUUCUGAACGAGAAGAUAAAGUAAUCUCCCCCCUUACAGAAAAGAGAUUGCGGAAGCCACCUAAGAGGUAUAUUGAAGAAUCAUUAAAGAAAGGCACAAGGCAUCGAAAGAGGAGAUGUGGUGUUUGGGAUGAUACCCAUUCAAAGGUAGAAAUGCUGCAAUACCAGUCUUGCAAGCAACCACGGCAAAAAAGAUUUGGUGUCAAAUCAUUGGUAAAGGAGGAUUCUUUUUUAGGUAAUUGUAUUCAGGUUCCUUUUGGUGAACCAGUUCCCCAGCAUGAAAAGAAAAGAACCUCUAUUCGGGUUCCUUUUAGCAAACCAAUUCCCAAGCAAGAAAAGACAAGGAGUGUUAUUCGUCUUCCUUUAAGUGAACCUGUUCCUGAGCCAGAAAGGAAAAGAACUUGCAUUCGGGUUCCUAUUAGGGAAAUGGUCCCGAAGCAGGAAACUGAAAAGGGACACUAUUCCAGGGCUCUUGAAGAAACUAGGUUACUGGGUUGGAAUGCAGACUCAAAUACGGAAUCCUUUUCAACGGAAUCAUUGGAUGGAGUCUCCGAUAACGAGAAUGCAGCAGGGAGUAAGGAGGGUAAGUGCAGAAGGAAACACCAUAUAUAUUGGUCCCACUCGGAGGUGUUGAAGUUGGUUGAAGGUGUUUCUCGAUGUGGUGUUGGAAGAUGGAGCGAGAUAAAAAAACAACUCUUCCAAUCUUCGGCAAACCGCACAUCAGUUGACCUGAAGGACAAAUGGAGAAAUCUUCUUAGGGCCAGUUGUCCAACAUUGCAAAGCAAGAGAGAGGUUCAGUCUCGAAGAAAGCAAGGUGCGCAAGCAAUACCAAAGUCGGUUCAGGACCGUGUAAGGGAGUUGGCUGCUCUUUACCCUUAUCCAAAGAAACAAGGUAGUAGGGCUUUGCCAAUAAUUCCUACAAAAGCAUGUGAUCGUCAACUGAUACCUCUGCCUAACUGUUGUUAUUAAGUGCGUGUACAGUUUUAUUCCAUCCUUUUAAAAAUUGCUGGAAACCAUUUAUUAGAUUUAGCUGGAUUGUUGGAAUACACACUUUGGUGUUGUAACGCAUUUAGGAAAGCCCAAAUUACCCUUAUGAUUGGGAUAUAUAGUUGUGCUUGGUGAUGAACCUAACAAGUAACACGAGAAAAAAAAUGAUCUCAACAUCUCAAUAUUGAGUUCUUUUUUCUGAUUAA